AUGGCUUCCUUGGUGACGACAAGGAAGUAUCCACAGAUUGAUUUGGAAAAGGAAAUUCCACCACUUGAUGAGAUUUCCAAGAGGACAGUAAUUGUGACGGCGAUCUCUUCAAACCAUUACAAGGAGGGAAAGGUGAUGAUCAGCACCGCACAGAACGUCAUGCCAAACACGAGGAUUGUUGUCUGCGAUUUGGGGCUGAUUCCCAGCGAAAUUCGAGAAUACCCUCCUCACGUAAAAGAUCUUCUGAACUACGCUUGGAAACCAGCCCUCAUAAAUGAACUACUGUACGAAUUUGGCGCCGUCUUUUGGGCGGACUCUUCGGUUGACAUAGAUACAUUCAGGAAGGAUACUGGGUUCACCCCAAAACCCCGCGGCGGCAUUCUGUACUUUGUUAACAGCUCCUACAUCAAUGAGAAACUACUGCAACCGUGGGUGGACUGUUCGAUGGUGAUAGAGUGCAUAGCACCACAUGGGAGUCAGAACCCACACAAAAAGAAAAUGAAGGGAUAUUACGUGCAUCGCUACGACCAAUCAGCUCUCGCAAUUUUGAUGUACAAAAAUGUGCGCUACACCGAGUAG